UUAACUCCAAAAGCGGAAAUCAAGUGGGUUUUGAGUUUGCAUACUUGUAUAAAUAGAGCCAAAACCGCAGUCUCUUCUUCCAUCAAACCUUCUCAUUAGAUAUUUCUUCUCUCAUAUUAUAAGAAAAUAAAAGAGUUUUUUAUAGUAAAGAAAUGGAGGAAACCAAGGAGAGAAAGAUCGUAGUAGCAGUGGACGAGAGCGAAGAGAGCAUGGAAGCUCUUUCAUGGAGUCUUAACAAUCUUUUUCCUUAUGGUUCCAAUAAUACCCUCAUCCUCCUCUACGUCAAGCCACCUCUUCCCGUUUACUCUUCCAUUGAUGCUGCAGGGUUUAUAGUGGCGGGAGAUCCUAUUGCAGCCUUGAAGAAAUACGAAUACGAGCUUGUUGAAUCAGUCAUGUCUCGAUCUCGGAAUGUGUACCAAGAUUUUGAGUCCGAUAUUAAUAUAGAGAGAAAAGUUGGAAGAGGGGAUGCCAGGGAAAUUAUAUGUAACGCAGUUCAGAGUCUUAAGGCUGAUAUGUUAGUUAUUGGCACACAUGACUAUGGCUUUUUCAAAAGGUAAGACCUUAAUUAAUCAUUUUAUGAUUGUUUAAUACUUAUGUUUGAUAAUUGAUUAUUGAUAUGUUUUAUGCAUUGAUAGGGCUUUGCUAGGCAGUGUGAGCGAGUAUUGCGCCAAACGAGUGAAGUGUCCUGUGAUUAUCGUGAAGAAGAAUAUGCCCCCAAAUAAUUGAGCUCAAGAGUCACUCUUAUGAUUGUGUAUGUUUGAAAGCAAUUGAUGUAAGAAAAUCAACCUUCGUAUGCGAAUAUGUAUUACUUUUACGUUUUUUAUUUUCACCUAGGUCUCCUGUUAACUUAACGGUGGAUUUACAUUUGAUAAGAUUUAAAACUUGGAUAUGUGAAAUUUAACGUUUGAUUGGUAGAGGCUUUACCUUUAGUUUCUUUACUUUAGAAUUUAAGUUUAAAAUAUUUAUGUUUUAGCUAUAUAUUUAAUUGAUAUAAGAUUUAUUUCAAAAUUUCAAAGUACUAAAAUAUAAAACUGUACAAAGUUUAUUUUUAGAGCCAAAAAUAUAGAUUUUUUUUUUUUAAUUAGACUGUAGAUUUAGAUUUUUUUUAAUUAAAACAUGAAUGAUAACUUAAAGUGGUUAUGAAAACAAUAAUGGAUGUUGAAAUCACAUCACUUACCAGUCCCUUGCAUGUUAGUAGUGUAUCACCAAUUCCAAAUGAUUAUUUUCACUCUAAAUUAUUGUUAACUUCAAACAAGACUCAAUGUACUAUUUUAAAAUAUAUUGCGAAGUGUGUAAAUGUACGUAUAUAUGUUGGAUACAACAAGAUUUUCUGUUUUUGACCACUUUUAAAUUCGGAUACGAUAAAUUGUGAACUAUAUUUUGUAUGAGAUUGUGUGGCAAUGGCUGUCUCUGAGCUUUUCACAAAAUUUUGAGAGAUACUUUAGAAUUUAAUAAUGUAUUCAGUGACCUACAUAACUCAUACCAUAAUUUAGUGAAAUCAUGAAAAUAUUUGUUACAUAAAAAGACAACCUCCUUGAGAUUUUUCCCAUCUUCCUCUUUGUUUCCUGUUUUUUUUACUAUAAUAAAACCUAAUAAUGCUAUUACGGAUCAUAACAAAUUCUCUUUUAUAACACCAAACGUCUAAAGAAAGAGUACUAAGCCAAGAUUUUGUUGAUCUUCUUUUGAUCAAAAGUGAUAAAGAGGUUGCAUCUCUUCUGUUCUUCUUAUGUUUUGUUGGGGGUUUGCGAGAACUCAUGUCCAACUCUUUAUUAUCAGAUUAGUACGUAUUUUGGGCAUAAUAAGCAAGUCCGCAUGGACUUACGUUUAUUUCCAAAAAAGCUUCGUACUAAUUAGAAUUAGACAUCUCUUUAUAUAUAAGAUCAUCUUCAUCUAAUUCUCCAAUGUGGAACUUAAUUGUUAUUUCACAUGUUUUUCAUCAUAGGCAGCUGAUUCUGAUUGGUGCUACGUCCUUUCAUUUUCUCAUCAUCUUCUAAGAGGUUCCGAAGUAUCAAAGAAUUCGAUGGGAAUUAUUUGGCAGUGCACAAGAAAUUUUCCAUUUCGGAAGAGAGAUACUGAUUACACACUGAGAAGAACAAAGUUUGAACGACACAACAAGAUGUUCAAAUGAAAGGAAGAAUGCACGGCGUUGAAUUUUAAGUUAGAACUUAGAUCGUAGUAUCGUAUGUAUCCAUAGAUUGUUUUUCUGUACUUUAUUAUUAUUAUUAGGGUUUUUAGUAAUUUUAACCUCCAAUUUUUUUUUAAAUCAGAUGAAAAAUCUCCAACUAAAAUUUUAUGUUUUAAACCUUUAACUAUUAAACUGUU